AUGUCCAAUUUUGCCUUAAGAAAACCUUCUCCCACAGGAAAUGCUAUGAUGAGUGCUACUCCAGGGACCACACAGAGACAGCAGGGCUUUCUUGAGGUGAACAAAAGAAGGACUUUCUUGCAGGAUAACAGCUGGAUAAAGAACCGUCCUGAAGGAGAAAGAGAUGAAAAUUAUGGUAGGGUGGUGCUCAACCGACAUAACUCCCAGGAUGCCUUGGACAGGAGAACAGAUGAGAGGAAUGAGCUAAAAGCCACAAUCAGUCGGUACAAAUCUGAUGACACUUUGGACAGGAUCUCAGACAGACAUGAUGCUAAAACACAUAAGGCCAAUACCUUGGAUAACCAACUAACCAAUAGGCACAUGCCCACAUUUAGAUCACCAGAAGCAACGAAAAUGCAGCCAGGAGGUUUUCUGGGUGCGAACACCGCCAGCACGUCAGCUCCCACCUCUGCUACAACUCCUGCGAAGAAAAAGAGGGAACCAGCCAUUCAUCCUCCAAUACCUCCAAAGCCCACUUCUCCUGCUUUAUCUCCUAACCUGCUCAGACGGGAUAAUAGGCAGAUUUGUCCACCUAAAGCAGGUGUAUAUACAGAAACCAACAGAUCUGCUGAAAGAAAGUUAAGGAAUGAGGAUCUCGAGAACAUCGUCAAAGUGGCUACUUCACUUCAGAAGACAGACAAGGGUGAAGAAUUGGAUAAUAUCAUCAAAAUGAACAAAAGCUUGAAUAGAAAUCAAGGUCUUGAUGGCAUCUUCAGAACAACACCUAAGGCAGAGCAAGUAGAGAAACGAGCCCAAAGCCUGGAAAGCCUCAUCUUUCUGAAUACCCAGGCAAACAAAGAUGGCAAAAGAAACCAAGACCUUGGAAGUCUUACUAAUCUUAAUCAAAGGCCUGACAAAAAUGAGAAAGGAGAUGAAGUCUUUGAUAAUGUUAUCAAAAUGAAUUUCAGAAGAAGUGAAAAUACCACUGGGGGCCAGAGUCUUGACAACCUCAACCAAGUGACCCAUGAGGUAAACAGAAGUAACUCAGGUUCCAAAGACCUUGAUAAGCUCAUCAAAGUGAAUCCAAGAACAGGAAAAAGUGUGCAAGGGGGCCAAGGCCUUGAGAGUCUCAUCAAAGUGGCUCCUGAAUCCAACAGAACUAACCGAAGGCACCAAGACCUAAACAAUCUUAUCAAAGUGAUCCCCUCAGCAAACAAAAGCAGUGAACAAGGUCUUGAUGAACUUAUUAAUCCAAACUGCAAAGCUGUCAAAAACAUGGCUGGGAAUCAAGAUCUUGACAAGCUCAUCAAAGUGAAUCCUGAAACUCUCACCAACAACCGACGAAACCAGGAUCUCGAUAACCUCAUCAAAGUGAACCCUGCAGCGAUCAGAAGCAAUCAGAGCCAAGACUUGGACAAGCUUAUAAAAGUGAAACCUUCAGCUCUCAGGAACACAGAACGACACCAGGACCUGGAAAAUGUAAUUGAAGUAAAUUCUAAUGUGUCUAAAAAUAAGAAUGGAAGCUCCAACGCUGACCCCAGGCCUGCGGGGCCGCAGGAUACUGUUGUGUACACGAGGACGUAUGUGGAGAACAGUAAAUCACCAAAGGAUGGCUACCAGGAGGAUGUCUCUCGAAAAUACAUACAAACUGUUUAUUCGACUUCAGAUAGGUCUGUCAUUGAAAGAGACAUGUGCACUUACUGCAGAAAACCCCUGGGCACAAACACUAAAAUGAUUUUAGAUGAAUUACAAAUUUGCUGCCACUCCACUUGCUUCAAGUGUGAAAUAUGCAAACAGUCUUUGGAAAACCUGAAGGCAGGAGACAGUAUUUGGAUUUAUAAACAGACAAUACACUGCGAACCUUGUUACUCUAAAGUUGUGGCAAAGUGGAUUCAAUAAUUCUGGCACGUGGGAAUCAAGAUGAAAGCAUUCAUUCAGGAAUUCAAAUUUUUAUUUUGAGAUUAUGUAACUUAGAAAAAGCUUUUACACUGGAG